AUGCCACCCCCACCCCAUCCCCAUCUCCACCUUCAUCCCCAACCUCACCUCAUCCCUACCUGUACCCCAACCUCCACCUUCCAACCCCAACUCAUACUCACAUCUGCCCCCACCCCCUCCCACCUCCACCUCCACCUUCACCCCUAUCCUCACCCCACCUCCAUCUUUCCACACCCUCAUGUGCUCCCAUCCUCAUCCCACCCCACACCCCACCUUACCCUCAUCCUCACUCUUACUUCACCUCCCCCCAACUUGAACCCACCCCCAUCCACAUCCUCACCUCCACCCUCACCCCUACUCACACCCCACCCCAUUAACACUUUCAUUCCCACCUGCUUCCACACACCCACUCACACCCACUCACCUUCCACGCAGCCCCUACCCUAA